AUGCGUUGUGCAGAUAUUUCUGUUGGCAUUCUGCUACAACUGGCAAGUGAUGCUUUACCAAAUGAUAUGGCCUUGUCUCUUGCCUAUCUACUUGCAUUGCCGCAGGUGGUAGAUGCCAACAAAUGCUUUGAAAAGCAAUUACAUUCUGCGUUAUCUCUCCAGCUGGCAAGUUAUUACUAUAGCCUGCAGAUCUAUGCUCGUUUGGCACCAUGUUUCAAGGACAAAUGCCACCCUCUCUACAGGGCUGAUCCAAAAGAGUUGAUUCAGGUGGUCACUAAGUAUGUUAGUCAGUAUGGCUAUACAGACUGGCCUGAAGAAAUCGCCACUUUGAUAAAUCAGCUGCAUUACUACAAUGAACGACUACUGGAUUUUACCCAGGCUCAGAUUCUGCAAGGACUUGGCAAAGGAGUGGAUGUGCAGAGGUUUACAGCAGAUGGGCAGUACAAGAGAGAAACAAUACUAGGAUUGGCAGAAACACUUGAGGAAAAUGUCUACAAGAUUGCUGUUUCUUUGGCUCAGCGAUACAGUGUUCCACUUUGGGAAGUUUACAUGACCCAUCUGGAAUUUUUAUUCACUGACAGUGGGUUAUCAACACUGGAAAUAGAAGAAAGAGCACAAAGUCUUGGUCUCUUUGAGACUUUGAAAACCAGUCCGGAAACCUUACAUGAACACAUGGUUAAAUAUGUCUACCCAAGUAUUGAAGGUAGAGAUCACCAGCGAUUGCUUUAUUAUUUUACACUCCUUGAAAACUGUGGCUGCUCAGAAAUGGUGAAGCAUGCUGUUAAACCUGAAACUCACAUCCGACUCCUGAAAAAGUUCAAAGCAGUUGCACCAGGUCUUAAUUAUAAAAAGCUAACAGAUGACAAUGGAAACCCAUUGGAAACACUGGAGCCCAUCCUUACAAGUCAAAAUAUCUUGUCUAUUUCCAAACUGGCUCCCAAAAUUCCUAAAAAGGAUGGCGGCAUGCUGUCACCAAGUGCUAUUUAUGCUGUCUGGUUACAAAAACUUUUUUGGGAUAGUGAUCACCAUCUCAUUAAAAAAAGACCAGAAACCAUGGAUGAGUGGCUACAUGCAUAUGAUGUGUGUUCAAAGUACUUGGAUAGACUUGAUCCAGGUGAUAUCGUCACUGUUAUUGAUGAAAUUACCUUUUCUUCAAAAGCUGUCACAAAGCUGCCUGUUGAAGCUAGGAUAGAAGUGACCAAGAAGGCUAUUAAAGCAGUCAAACAUAUUUCUGAAAAAUCAAGAAAAAAAACUUCUGAGAAUGACAUGGAAGACGCUGAAAAUGCAUCUGUUGCUUAUGAAGAAACUCUGAAUCACCUGAAGCAGUCUCUUGCUCAUCUGGAAACACUCACUCAUAGUUUUAUUACUUACUUGAAAAACAGCGAACAGGAUAAACUACAGAAUUAUGCCUAUUUAUAUGAUUUGUCAAGGUCAGAGAAAGAAAAAAUCCGUGAUCAAGCAGUAACUAUGUGUAUAGAUGGUCAACCCCUGGACAUGAUACAACAGUUUUUACAAGUGCCUGUUGGAGAUGCAGGUCUUUCUCCCAAGGAUGUUGUCCAGUGUGCUAUUAAAAAAAUUGUGUGUGCAUUAAGUGGAAAUGGUGACUCAUCUCCAGCAGUGAAAGAUCCACUUAGAAUCUUAGAGGGCAUCGUUUCUGCAGUGCAUGCAAGUGUUGAGAAAGGGGAGAAAGUAGUUUCUUCAGAUGACCUUCUGGAGUGGUUGAGACCUUUCUGUGGUGAUGACUCUUUAGCAGUGAAGCCUCGCAUCAGAGUUUUGCAAAUUCUGGAGCAAGCCUUCCAUCUCAGUGAUGAGGAUAGCAAGCUACUUGCGUAUUUCAGGACACAAGCUGUUCUCAGAGCUUGCUGGCCUGAAACAAAG